CGCCCCAUCACGUGUUUCAGAGGGGGCGGAGCCGGCGUCUCUUGACUUCCGUCACGUCCGGUUGUCUGUCAGUCGCGAGCGAGCGAGCACUAGGUUGUUAGACUGCAGGAACGGAGCAAUGCCUAAAUCAAAGGAACUUGUUUCUUCAAGCUCUUCUGGCAGCGAUUCUGACAGUGAAGUUGACAAAAAGUUAAAGAGGAAAAAGCAAGUUACUCCAGAAAAACCUGUAAAGAAGCAAAAAACUGGUGAAACUUCAAGAGCCCUGGCAUCUUCUAAGCAGAGUAGCAGCAGCAGAGAUGAUAACAUGUUUCAGAUUGGAAAGAUGAGGUACGUCAGCGUUCGAGACUUUAAAGGGAAAGUCCUAAUUGAUAUUAGAGAAUAUUGGAUGGAUCCAGAAGGUGAAAUGAAACCAGGAAGAAAAGGUAUUUCUUUAAAUCCUGAGCAGUGGAGCCAGCUGAAGGAACAGAUUUCUGACAUUGAUGAUGCAGUAAGAAAACUGUAAAAUCAGAGCCAUAUAAAACCUAUGUUCUAGUUGUUUUAAUCUGUCUUUUUACAUUGGCUUUUGUUUUCUAAACGUUGUUUUCCAAGCUAUUGUAUAUUUGGAUUGCAGAAGACUUUGUAAGAAUACUUUUUUUUUUAAUGUUCAUUAUUAAAAAUGUUCUGAAUGAAACUAAUUGUCAACUUUAUUAAGGAAGAUUUCUUUGUGCCCACCACCUAGUGUAAAAUAAAAUCAAGUAAUACAAUCUUAACUGUUGUGGCCUUCUUUGAUUAGAAGAGUUGAUACUGUUUAAGGCCAAAAGUUAUCAGUUUAUAGACACUUAAUUUCAACUUGGCUUUUACAUUCAAAAGGAUUUGUAUUGUACUGAAUUUAUAAACUUUUGAUUUGUGAAAUCCAUGGUUGAUCUGUUUUCUUCCAAACAAAUGUCUAGACUUUGAUUUUUCUACCCCAGUGAUAUUUUUUACUUUCUCCUUUUUAUCUUUAUUUUCCUUUAAUAACUUGUCAUGUUCAGUUGUCAUUUCACUUUUUACUCUUUUUCUUGAAUAUAUUAUGCUAAUCUGGAAAGUCAGUGCAACUGUCGAAAUGUUAGAUAUCUCAAUAAGGUACUUGUAAUUAAAAUAUUAUACAAGGACUACAAUCACUAAUUCUACUGUAUUAAAUAUUAGGAGAUAUAGUUUGAUAAACAACAUGGCUUUUAUGAAAACUCUGAGCAAGUAAGUGUAUGUUAUUACCUGUAGUGUUCUGUGUAGUUGUUAUCUUAUUGCUUGGUCUGCAGAAAAUAAUGACUUAAGAUGUCUGAUUUGCUUUCACUUAUUAAACAUGUUCACCAUAGGACGAUGUCUAUGAAAUCAGAUAUUGUUAAAUUAGACUAGGAUUUAAUAAAAAUUGUGAAAGCUUACUGGCCUAACAUUUAUUUUAUAACAUUGAGUAUGGAUUAUAUAUAGCUAGAGAUACCACUGAGUUUACUGUCACAGGUAAUGUGCUCAGCUUGUAGGGGAGAAAAGCAUAUACUUUUUUGGCCUCUGAUUCAGUAGACUUGGUUCUUUGGCAGUUUAUCUACUGGACUUAAAUGUUACUAAGUUUUAGCAGGCACUCUGAAAUGAUUUUCAUUGAACCAUAAAGACAAAGACAGAUAGAGGCACAGACUUCAGGGGCUUUGCAGCAAUAAGGAGGGCGUGGUGUGCCUUAGGAAAAGAAUGUUUGUAAGGGAGCUGUCACUGAAGUUAAGAUAGUGAAGACAAAGGGAUUAUCUUCAAACUAAAUGAUAACAUGAUAUUUUGAUCACAUUGAUAGGACACAAUUCUAGAUAGAAUAGUAACAAGGUUUAAAGACGUGUAAAAAAAUCUUGUUGACAAAUUAUUUUUGGUAGCUGAUGUCAAAUGGUUACUGCCACAUCAGAGAGUUGCACUAUAUAUUUCAAGUUUUAUUACUAUGUCUAGAACAGUUUUAUAGUAGAAUUGUCAAAGAGUUGCUUUUGAAACCAUCUGCCAGGCCACAUACAGUUAUCAAUAUUUAGCAGCUAUUCUGUUUUAAGAGAUUUUUUACAUUUUUUUAAAAAGAUGAUUUUAAGUGUUUUUAGCAGUAACCCUAAUAGGUGUAUAAUUGGGGAAAUAAAUUCUCUUCUGCUAUUUUAGCCUUCAUCAAAUAAUAGGUACCAAAGUGUUCAAAAUAACAUAUUUUAGACAAAUUAUACUUGAUUGGUAACUUUCCCCGUUUUGGAAACCUAUGUGUCCUAUAAAUUGGGGAGAUUUGUAAAGUAUUCCUUAUCUAUACAGGAAGGGUAGUUAGAACGUAGAACUUUGAUUUUGGUGUAGAUGGAGAGGGGAUAAUGGUUACAUUUCCUAGGUGUAUAUGAAUUUAAGGGGUGUAUGCAGUUUGAAACAGUCUGCUAAUACAGAGAUGGUGCUGAAAUCUAUUACCUACGCAUUUUCUAGCUGUUUAGCUUAUGUCAUUAAACCUUCAUAUAAGGAGUGUUUCUCUGGCCAGAAUUUGGUAAGUUGGCGGCUAAAUUCAUUUAAACACAUUAUGGAUAUGCAAUAUAUAGAAAUUAUUAAUCUUUGUGUAUAGGAAAGGAUGAGAACUGGGUUAAAAUCAACCAAAUUAACUUGGACUGAAAAGAAAAGAUUGGGUGCUUUUGUUAAUCUGUUUAAGCUUUUCUUGGUAAGAUUUCUUCAGAAAGAAAGCUUGGCAUUUUGGGUCAGCCCUUUCUACCCUUGUAAUGCCAAAAUGAAUUUAAUUAAUGCCAGCCUUGAAUGUACUCUAGCAGGGCUUUUCUAACGGGGUUUUAUUUACUCUUUGUCUUUCAAAGUACAAGCAGCAUUUGACUAAUUUCCAGUGCCCUUGGCAUUUUAUUAAAAGAACAACCACUGAAAAAGAAAAACUAUAUAAUUUGGUUAUUCUCUUUUGCUUCAUAAAUGCUUGAGAACUUUUGAAGAAUAAUCCUACCUCAUUAACUAGUCAAGAUCCUGUGAUGAUCAACCUAUUCUAUAUAAUGGUUUUGGGGGAAAAAAGACUUACAAAAAUAAAAACUAUGUACAUCUUGGCCUUGGCUAUUGAGAAAAGAAAAAGAAUUGAGAAUUAAUUGUUGCUGGCAGAGAUAUGUUAGAAGAGUACUAUAUAAGUGAAAUAUUAAAGUGUUGGCUAAUCGUUUAAGUACCUUUCCUGAUAUUCUUUGUUAUUCACUUUUUAUGGGAAUUAAUCCAGUGAAACACUCAAAAGUUUUUUGUGUAUGUUUUUUUUUUUUUUUAAGUGAUGUUUUUCCAGAUAAACUCUAGGGGUAAACAUUCACAUAGUCACAAAUGUAAUUCUGUAAUUGUGGAAUAGCUGUAUGCUUUGUUUGGUACAUCUUCCAUGGAGAUGUCAGUGAACAUAAUGCUCCAUCUGUGAAUAUUUUAAAUGUUGAAAUAAAAAUAAGAAAUGUGC